GUCCUCACCCGCCCCUCUCCGCCCACACUUAGCCAUGGCUUUUUGGUGGGUGAUCAUGCUGCUAUCGUCGCAAGUGAUCCUCGAGGACCACACCGUAGACGCAACUUUCGACUUCAGCUUCCGGUGGCUGCGGGACGAGAGCACCAUCUCGACCGAAAACUGGAACGCAACUUCUGCCGCAGUGACGACUGGCACAACCGCUUCUCGGACGACGCCCCCAGAUGUCGUCACUAUUGAGGCUGCGUUGCUCGGGAGGAGUACGCAAAUUCCCGUCGACGCGGUCUCCACGGCUGCCCCGACUUCAACUACCUGGACAACUGAAACUACCGACUACAGCACUACGGCGACUACCGAGGCCACAGUGCCGGGCGCCACGCCCGUGUCGCUGGAUGACCUGGCGCUACAGAUCGCCAAUGUGCCCGAUCCGAUUCUGCAUGUGGUGGAAGACCGGCACGGAUCGCCGUCCUUCGUGAUCAUCAGCGGACGCCAUGGGUCGGGUGGAGCCGCUACGGAUGCUACCACUACACCUACUACUACACUGUCAACGGAUGCUAGCACUACACCUGCUACCACUACGCUGACUACGGAGACCACUACUUCACCGGCCACCACUACACCUGCAGCGGAAGCCCGCAACACGCCGCCGCCUUCUACAACGGUAUUCGGUUCCACCCUUCCGGCCGCCCCCAACACCACUUCUCCGUACCUGGUCCUGCUACGUUACCUCCGGCCAUUAAUCUUUGGCCGCUUUGGAGGCGCCCAAUCGACAACCAGCGGAACAGAGGCGACCCCAGCAGUUACUCCGGCCCUUUCCACCAUUCCUCCCAAUUCAAAUCCAGCCACCACGGAAAGUACACUUCCCACCACGGUCGCAGCUGCUACAAGUACUACCACGGUACCUAGUAGCACAACCCAGUCAACCACCACGCGGACCACAAAGGUCCUGGACGAAGACCUCGCCUCGUACCCGGCUGAAUUCAGGGUGACCGAGCUUCCUGGCCCAUUCACUACAAAAGAUCCUCUCGGCAACGCAAACGCCACCUUCACCCGAACUCUCCCCACUACGCGUCAACACACCGCCCGCGGUGCUGCUUUCGACACGACCGCAACACGGACCCCACCGCCACCGAAUUCCUUCGUCUCCACCACCGUUGCUCCCGGGACAACCCCGGCCCGCACCACCGUCGCACUUGCGAGCGACUCCGUCAAGGCACGAGCAUCUAUUUUCUCGACCUCGCCCGUCCUCGGCGAACCUACUACUCCCGUCCCUUCGGUUACCAGCGACGUAACGGACGCCGACGCUCCAACCACUCGUUCCUUCGCGACACCUGCCACGGGUACCACGGUUACCGGCGAAGAUCUCUCUACGCCUGAAGGUGCCACCACUGAGGUCCCAACGUCGGCCCGGACCGGCGCACCAGGCCAGCUGGGUUCCUUGGUAUCUCGUCUGACCGACGAGUCGGCGACCAUGGGUGGCCUUGACGGAGUGACCUUUGCGCCCUGGCCGCGCACGACGGCGCUCAAGGCCACCGGCGGGGGCGACGACGAGCCAAAGUAUCGCUACUUCUACGACCCCAUGCAGGUCAUGCAGAUUCUGUAGGCAGUCUGCACUGCUCGCUUUUAAACCCGUGGCGGUACUUUUUAAUCCCAUUUCACCGCUUCAUGCGCACCGCCGCGCUCCAUUACCCACCAUUGCAUGCCAGCGCUAAAGAUGCGCAAUAAAACGUGCCUACUCGAACA